AUGGUUUCCUUCACCCUUCGGGCCAUUGGUGCCUGUCUCAUCGGCCUGCCCGCCUUGAUCACUGCUGCUCCAACCUCUCAUAUCUCUAGUGAUUUCCAUGUGGUCGAGCAGCUCAAUGCGGCUCCUCAAGGUUGGGUUCAGGGAGGCUCCCCAGCUCCAUCAACCCUGAUGAAGUUCAAGCUUGCACUUGUGCAGAGCAAGACUGCUGAGUUCGAGCAGCGGGUUAUGGACAUCUCCAACCCCAGACAUGCUGACUAUGGCAAACACAUGAGCCGCGAGGAGGUUGAUGCUUUCCUACAGCCUUCCUCCCUUGCGAAGGAGUCCGUCCUUAACUGGCUUUCUUCCGAGGGUGUCUCUAAGCACUCGGUUAAGGCCAACACCGACUGGCUCACCUUCACUACUACCAUUGAAAAUGCCGAGAAGCUGUUCGAUACCCACUUCUACACGUUUAAGAACACCGCCGACGGCAGCCAGAUUAUCCGCACCCUGAAGUACUCCGUUCCUGCAUCCGCUGCUCCAUACAUCCAAAUGAUCCAGCCAACUACCAAAUUCAACGCCCCCCGCCCCGAGCUGAGCAGCGUCUUUACUUCUGACCUCGAAAUGACCUCUUCUGCCGAUGUUGACUGCAAUGUCACUGUUACCCCCGACUGCAUUCGAGACCUCUAUAAGAUGGGCAACACUUUUGCUAAGAAGGACCCACGAAACAGACUCGGCAUUUCUGGAUACCUUGAACAAUAUGCCCGACUUGAGGAUUUCAGCACCUUCAUUGACAUGUUUGUUCCUUCUUUGAAGGGAACUACAUUCGACUUCAAGUCUAUCAAUGGCGGAAAGAAUGAGCAAAACUCUACCCUUGACAGCGUUGAGGCCAGUCUCGAUGUUGACUAUGCCAUUGGUUUGUCUGGAGCUCUCUCCACUUACUACGGUACCGCAGGACGAGGAAAGCUCAUCCCAGAUCUCGACCAGCCCAACAUCACUGACAACAACAACGAGCCCUACAUUGAGCAACUGUUCUAUCUUCUUGAUCUCCCGGAUUCAGAACUUCCAGCCGUUUUGUCCACUUCUUAUGGCGAAAACGAGCAAAGUAUCCCAGCCAGCUACACUUCCGUGGUCUGCAGCUUGUUUGGCCGCCUUGGUGCCCGAGGUGUUUCCGUCAUCUUCAGCAGCGGUGACACGGGUGUCGGCAGUGCCUGCCAGAGCAACGAUGGAAAGAAUACCACCAAGUUCAACCCAAUUUUCCCAGCUGCCUGCCCCUUCGUCACCUCUGUUGGCGGUACCCACCAAAUCAAGCCCGAGGUUGCCAUUCAUUUCUCAUCUGGUGGCUUCUCCGAGCGUUUCGCACGCCCAUGGUACCAAGAGCUCGAUGUUAGGCACUACCUUGGACACGAGCUUGAGAAGGGCAAGUGGGAUGGUCUGUACAACCCUAGCGGACGUGGUUUCCCUGAUGUCGCUGCCCAGUCCUAUAAGUUCGCCACUCGCGAUCAUGGAAAGACUAUUGGCGUCUCAGGAACUAGUGCUUCUGCUCCCCUCUUCGCUGCUGUUGUCUCGAUCCUGAACUCUAUCCGUCUCGCUCACAACAAGCCAAAGAUGGGAUUCUUGAACCCAUGGCUCUACACCGUCGGUCGUAGCGGAUUUACCGAUAUCGUCCACGGUGGUUCCACUGGCUGUACCGGAACUGACAUCUACAGCCACCUCCCAACCCCAUAUGUCCCCGGCGCCAGCUGGAAUGCCACUAAGGGAUGGGACCCAGUUACUGGACUGGGAACCCCUGACUUUGAGAAACUCUCCAAGUUGGUUCUCGCCUUUUAA